AUGGCGCCCAGUUUCGAUACCCUUACCGAGCAGGAUCUCCACGAGGAGGAGGUCGAGGAGGAGGUUGAUUUCUCGGAUCUCAAGGAGCAAUACGAUGUGAAACUCGAGGAGGGUUUGGAUACAUUUAUCGUCAUCGAUGGCCUUCCCAUCGUUCCUGAAGAGAGCCGGCAAAAGCUCAUCAAGUUCUUGUUGAGGAAACUCAACGCGGUCGGCCACACCUCCGAAGAUGCCGUUUUCAUGCCCGUCAACGACAAGAGCAAGUCCGAAGGUUUCGCCUUCGUCGAAUACGAGACCCCCGAACAAGCCGUCGCCGCCGUCAAGCAGCUCCACGGUGUCCCCCUGGACAAGAAGCACACCCUUUCCGUGAACAAGUUGAUGGAUAUCGAUCGCUAUGGCCGUGAAGGACGUAUCGAGGAGGAAUACAAGCCGCCAACCGUCGAGCCGUUCAAGGAGAAGGAGCACCUGCGUUCGUGGUUGGGCGACGCCAACGCUCGCGACCAGUUUGCCCUCUUCCGGGGCGAUAAGGUCGGUGUUUUCUGGAAUAACAAAGGCAACGAGCCUGAGAAUGUGGUCGACCGUGCCCACUGGACACAGUUGUUCGUACAGUGGUCGCCCAAGGGUUCCUUCCUCGCCUCCGUCCACCCGCAGGGUAUUCAGCUCUGGGGCGGCCCGUCGUUCACGAAACAGAAGCAGUUUCCCCAUCCGUUUGUGCAGUUGGUCGAAUUCUCGCCAAAUGAGAGCUACUUGACCACCUGGUCCGCUCGCCCGAUCCAGGUCGAAGAGGGUCAACCGGUUCUGAGCUACGAGGAGGAUGGAAAGAACAUCAUCAUUUGGGAUAUCGCUACCGGGAAGCCUCUGCGGUCGUUCGUUUCUCACGACUUAACCGCUGGUCCUACAGGAGAGGGUGACCAACCCAAGAAGAAGGUGCAGUGGCCUGCAUUCAAGUGGUCCGCUGAUGAGAAGUACGUUGCCAGAAUGCUCCAGGGUCAGUCGAUUUCGAUCUACGAAGCGCCGCGGAUGAACUUGCUGGGUAAGACGUCUGUUAAGAUUGAUGGUGUGAUGGACUUUGAGUGGUCUCCUGCGACAACCCAGCGCGAGGGUAUCAAGCAGUACGAGCAACUGCUGUGCUUCUGGACGCCUGAAAUGGGCAGCAGCCCCGCCAGAGUCGGUAUGAUGAGCGUUCCCUCCAAGGAGAUCGUCCGUACCCGUAACCUCUUCAACGUUUCCGAUGUCAAGCUGCACUGGCAAUCCCAGGGUACCUACGUCUGUGUCAAGGUCGAUCGUCACUCCAAGUCCAAGAAGUCGCUGGCUACCAACCUCGAGAUUUUCCGCGUGCGCGAGAAGGGUGUUCCUGUCGAGGUUGUCGACAGUCUCAAGGACACCGUAAUCAACUUCGCCUGGGAACCCAAUGGCAGCCGUUUCGUCGCUAUCACCACCGGAGAAGCCGUCGCUGGUGCUGCCGUUGCGCCCAAGACCGCCGUCUCUUUCUUCGCCCCUGAAAAGAAGGGUCACCAACUAGGAAGCUUCAAGCUGGUGCGCACUCUUGACAAGAAGAACAACAACGCUAUCUACUGGUCUCCCAAGGGCCGUUUUGUCGUCGUUGGUACCGUUCACUCGCAAACCAGCUUCGAUAUGGACUUCUGGGACAUGGACUUUGAGGGCGAGAAGCCCGAGGGAGAGAAGGAUUUCGCCGCCAACCUUCAAUUACUGGCGACUGUUGAACACUACGGUGUUACGGACAUUGACUGGGAUCCUACUGGUCGCUACGUUGUCACGAGCGCUAGUUCGUGGACCCAUUCGAUGGAAAACGGAUGGAGCAUCCACACCUUCUCCGGUAACACCCUCGCCGAACACCCCACCGACAAGUUCAAGCAGUUCGUCUGGCGUCCUCGUCCCGCAACCCUCCUCAGCAAGGAAGAACAGAAGCAAGUCCGCAAGAACCUCCGGGAGUACUCGAAGGAAUUCGAAGAGGAGGACAAGUACGCCGUCGACAUUGCCAAUACCGCCGUCGUGGAGACCCGCAAGCGUGUCAUCAACGAGUGGACCGCCUGGCUCCGUCGGGAGAAGGAGUUCCUGGCCGAGGAGCGGGAGGCCUACGACCUCCCCGAGAACGCAGACGAGGCCAAGCUGGCCAAGGACGCACGUCCCGAAGCCGAGGAGCAAGGCGAGACUGUUGUCGAGGAGAUGGUGGAGGAGAUCGUCGAGGAGCACGAAGAAGUUAUUGGUUGA